ACUCUUUACGUCUUCUUUUUAUUCGAGUCUCAUAAUCUCUCAUUCGUUGCGCCAUUUUUCUUCAUCCUAAGCAUCUUUUCAUGGCUCAUUCUUCUUCUCUUCCUCGCAAUUGGGUAUACGACGUCUUCCCGAGCUUCAGCGGAGAAGAUGUUCGACAAAAAUUCCUCAGUCACUUUCUCAAGGAGCUAGAUCGGAAAUUGAUAAUUGCUUUCAAAGAUAACGAGAUCGAGAGAAGCCAAUCGCUAGAUCCCGAGCUUACAUGAGCGAUUAGGGAUUCGAGGAUCGCCGUCGUAAUCAUUUCCAGAAACUACGCAUCUUCAAGCUGGUGCUUGAACGAGCUGCUUGAGAUUGUUAACUGCAAAGAUGAAACUGGUCUAUUGGUGAUUCCGGUUUUCUACGGUUUGGAUCCUUCUCAUGUUAGGAAACAGAACGGCGAUUUUGGGGACGUCUUUGAGAAGACUUGCCAGAACAAAACACCGGAUGAGCAAAAUCUGUGGCGGAGAGCUUUGACUGAUGUAGCUAAUAUGCUGGGAUAUCAUUCUUCGAAAUGGGAUAAUGAAUCAAAAAUGAUAGAAGAAAUCGCCAAUGAUGUUUUGGUUAAACUGGAUUUAACUCUAUCAAAGGGGUUUGAGGAUUUUGUUGGCAUCGAAGAUCACGUAGCAGAGAUGAGUUCAUUGUUGCGUUUGGAAUCCGAGCAAGUGAGGAUGGUUGGGAUAUGGGGCUCCUCGGGGAUUGGCAAGACUACCAUUGCAAGAGCUCUGUUUAGUCGACUCUCUCGUCAUUUUCAAGGUAGUGUCUUCAUAGACAGUGCUUUCAUAUCUAGGUGUAAGAAAAACUACCACAAGGCCAAUCCAGAUGACUAUAACAUGAAGUUGCAUUUGCAAAGAACUUUUCUGUCUGAGAUUUUCGGGAAAAGGGAUAUAAAGAUGGAUCAUAUAGGUGCAAUGGGAGAGAGGCUAAAGCAUCUGAAACUUCUUAUUGUUCUUGAUGAUUUGGAUGAUCAAGUGGUGCUAGAUGCCUUGGCUGGUCGAACUCAGUGGUUUGGACGUGGGAGCAGAAUCAUUGCGAUUACAAAAGACAAGCAUCUUUUGAGAGCCCAUGGGAUUAAAUAUAUUUACAAUGUUGGUCUCCCGUCUGAAAAGCAAGCUCAGAUGUUUUGCAGAUAUGCUUUCAAGAAAGAUUCACCACCUUAUGGUUUCAUGGGACUUGCUUCUGAAGUUGGAAAGCGUGCAGCUAGUCUUCCUUUGGGUCUCAACGUUUUGGGUUCGUAUUUGCGAGGGAGGAACAUAGGGGAUUGGAUGGAUAUGCUUCCUAGGCUUCGUAAUAGGCUAGAUGGAAACAUUCAGAAGACUUUGAGAGUCAGCUACGAUGGGUUAAGUAGCGAAGAAGAUAAAGAGUUAUUUCGUCAUAUCGCAUGUCACUACAAGAAAACACAGUUUUUGCGACUACCGUUUGCGACCACAAUGUUGGUCGCAAAUAUUUGCGACUACUUUGUAACUACUUUGCGACGACAAAGCGACUACCAAAAACAUAAACACAUAUUAUUUGGUAUUUAAUGACGAAACUUGGGCGUCGUUAAGUAGUCAAUAAUUAGCAACUAUUUAGCGACGAAUAGUUCAAUUUUUAGGGAUAGUCGCAAAUCAGUCUCAAUUUGCGACUAUAUGGCGACUGUAUUUUUAGUCGGGAAAUGUAGUUGUAACGUAGUCGCAAAUCAGCGACCAUUUUGCCACGUUUUUCUGUCAUUACUGUUGUGUCGCAAAGUUGUCUGCCAAUAAAGUUAAAAAAUUUGAAGUGGU